AUGGCAUCGACUACAGUUUGUACGGCGGCGCGAGUACGCGUAGCUAGUUCUCAAGUCCUCCGAUCUAUCACAAGCACCCGCACAUACGCAACGACUAACCCGGAGUCAUCCAUCGGAGAGUCAAAGCCGACAACCAGGAGAACCCCAACAACAUUCAAAGAUAAGCUGAACAAAGGUCCAUCAUUUUCCGACUUUGUAGGCGGUGCAGCCGAACCUCCUCUCUCUCCUGAAGAAGCAUACGCUCUCAAAACUGCCCUUGUUGGUCCUCCCGGCAAAAAGAAAGAAAUUACCCGUCUCCCGUCAUGGUUGAAAACAUCCAUUCCAGAUUCAUCGUCAUACAAGAAGAUUAAGAAUGAUCUUCGAGGAUUGAACCUGCAUACAGUCUGCGAGGAGGCUAGGUGCCCGAAUAUUUCCGAAUGCUGGGGAGGAGGCUCCAAGGCGGCGGCAACAGCUACUAUUAUGUUGAUGGGUGACACAUGUACACGCGGAUGCCGAUUCUGCAGCGUGAAGACUUCUCGCACUCCUCCACCACUUGAUCCUCAUGAACCAGAGAACACGGCUGAGGCACUAUCUAGAUGGGGGCUCGGCUACGUCGUUCUCACAGCCGUGGACAGAGAUGAUCUAGCAGACUCCGGAGCAAGACAUUUCGCAGAGACAGUACGACGAAUUAAAGGCAAGGCACCUAGUAUCCUUGUUGAAUGCCUUACUGGUGAUUUUGACGGAAAUUUGGACAUGGUGUCGUUGAUGGCCAAGUCUGGCUUGGAUGUGUUUGCACAUAACGUUGAGACUGUUGAGUCUCUAACGCCAUUUGUUCGGGAUCGACGAGCGGGAUUCCAAAAGUCACUUUCUGUCCUUCGUGCGGCUAAAGCUGCAAACCCGGAUCUUAUCACGAAGACGAGUAUGAUGCUGGGACUCGGGGAGACUGAGGAGCAAGUUCUGGAUGCAUUGAGACAGUUGCGUGCGUCACAAGUUGACGUUGUCACCUUUGGACAGUAUAUGAGGCCUACAAAGAGACAUAUGGCUGUACACGAGUACGUGAGGCCUGAUGUGUUUGAUAUGUGGAAGGAGAAAGCCUUGGAGAUGGGCUUCUUAUACUGUGCCAGCGGCCCGUUGGUAAGAAGCAGUUACAAGGCUGGAGAGGCAUUUAUCGAAAACGUGCUGAAGAAGAGAGCCAAGGAGAGAAUUGGCAGUUCAGCGGAGAAAGCAAAGGACGAUACAAAGGAGAAGAAUGCCUUGCUAUGA